AUGAACCUUCGCACUUCUUUAUUCUUCCUCGCCGUAGCGGUCAUCACUGCAUCGGCCAACAUUAUCCGAGAAAGACGCCAGUGCGAUUGCGCUCAAACCCAAGCGCUAUGUUCCUGCUCACCGCUCCAAUUCCAACAAAUGCAGUGCUCAUGUCAGAGUCAACCCGUGGAGCCGAGCUGUGGAUGCGGAAGCAUUCAAUUGCAGCCCAUACAAAUCGCCACCCCACAAUGUCAACCGGCCUGCCAGCAGAGUUGUGCCCAACAGUGCGCUACUUCGUCUUUGAGCAGCUGUCAGCAAAAUUGCCAAGUCUCUUGUCAAUCGUCAUGCACACCACAGUAUCAGCCAGUUGUACAAUGUCAACCAGCUUGUCAGAGCAUUUGCCAGCAAUCCUGUGUGGCUCAGCAACAACCUGUUGCAUUCUGUAACAACCAGUGCCAGACUCAGUGUGCUGGUGCCUGUGGAGAGCAGCAAGUCGUUGCCACCCAAGUGAAUGUUUACCAGGACUGCCAGCCGGCUUGUCAGCAACAAUGCGUACAAGGUUGUGGCGCCCAACUAUCGCCCGUCGCCUGCUCGAACCAAUGCCAGACUCAGUGCACCAGUACGUGCGGUGCUCCCAAUCUAGCACCAAUCACCUACGAGUCGCAGUGUAUUCCAGCUUGCCAGCCGACUUGCCAACCGUCUUGCGUACAACAACAUCAUCAGCUGGUCGUGCGACAGGAAGCCUGCAUGCCACAAUGCCAAGUCCAAUGCCAGGCAUCAUGUGUCGGCCAGCAGCCCGUCGCUCCCUGCUUGGACACUUGUCAGACUCAGUGCUCUCAAACAUGUGUGUCUGCUGAGCCUGUGACGCAAUGUGUUCAGUCGUGUAUGCCAGCUUGUGAGCCGACUUGUAUCGCUCAGCAGCCUAUGUGUGUCCAGCAAUGCCAGCAGCAAUGUGUACAGCAGAGUGUGCAAUGCCAGCAAUGCCAGGUCGCCUGCCAAGCACAGGAACCGCAAGUGGUCCAGGUGACGAUGCAGUCCAGCAUCGCUCAGUCCACCCAAUGCCAACCUCAGUGCGAGUCCACUUGCGUCACUCAGUGCACGCAGCAGAAUCAACCCAUCGUAUCGUGUCAACCAGCCUGUGUUCAGAGUUGUCAACAAUCCUGUGCUGUCGCCCAACCGUCCAUGAUGGCCUGUCAGCCCAGCGCACAGCCGUGCCAAUGCUUGUCCGGAUACGCUCCGUGCGGUAGUGGAACACGAUGCUGCCGUCGUCAUCGUUGA